AAGCGCAUUAAACGUAUCUAGUUAAAAUUCCAAAAGUGAUACCAUUACAUUUACAUGUGAUGGGGGAUAACCUCUAGGAUACCAAACUAUUACAAAACGUUUUAAAACGGAGAACCAAUACAUUGCUGUCUUACACUGAUCAUACAAGGUCAAUGAUAACAGUUGAAGAGUUGAGACGAACGUUCUCGGACAUUCUUUUUUCAGUAACAAAUUGUUAAGGAUUACAUUUGAAGAAUCACAUUUUUUAAUCACUAUGGCGACCGGUAGCGAACAGAAUAAAUAUGCAGAUUUUAAAGGUUCAGACAACUUGACGCCGGGAGAAAUCAUUAUAGAGCUAGACAAAAAACUGAAUGAUUGGAAAAACGUGCCUGUGAAUAUUGCGGUCGUAGGGAUCACGGGAACUGGAAAAUCCGCAUUUGUCAACGCGUUCUUGGGACUCAAACAUAACGAUCGGAGGGCGGCUAAUGUCGGCGUUGUUGAAACUACGAAAUAUAUAUCAAGAUACCCGCAUCCAAAUACCGAUAAACUUAUUUUCUGGGACGUCCCUGGUAUUGGAAGUGAAGACUUUCCAGCGGCAACAUACCGCGAGAAAGUUAAAAUGAAAUCAUACGACUUCUUCGUUCUAAUGACAGCUCGUCGCUUCAUGGAAAAUGAUGUGAAGUUGGCACAAAUGAUAGAAGCGAUGGGAAAGAAGUUUUUCUUUGUCAGGUCCCAAGUUGAUGUUGAUAUUGAAAGCGAAGCCAAACGCACUCAUCUACGUACUGAAGAUGUUGAAGAAAAAGUUCUAAGCAAAAUACGAGAAGAUAGCAUCUCAAGGCUCAAAUCCCUUGGAAUGAACGACCAAACAACUUUUCUGAUAGAUAACUAUAGCAUCGACAAGUAUGACUACGGUGAAUUGAUCGAAGCAACGCAAUCUGGACUUGACCAAAUGCAACAAUCUGCCGUGGCGUUUUCUUGUACACACUUAACAUCAACGUACCUGAUUGAAAAGAGGGCUCAAGAUCUAUAUUGGAGAAUCCCAAUUGUUGCGACAAAGUGUGGUCUGGUUUUGUUAGAUUCAUCCCGCGUGGAGGUGAUGAAUGAUGAAAUACGUUUGUACCGAAAGCAGCUCGGCAUCGACAUCGAGCAAAAGUAUUUGUAUGAGCCAGGAAAAAUAGUCACAUGGUUGAAAGGAGUUGUCGGACAUUUUAGCAGCAAACUUCAAGGCCAGAGUAUUGCCACUAUUUAUACGGUGUUUGCUAGAUUCAGAAAUAAUAAAACGUACGAACAAACAAAAGAACGACUAGAAAAAGAAUUGAAUGGUUUAUAUAACCAAGCGAUCGAAAACACGAGAAAUAUGUAUACAUUGACUGCGGCAAAAGGAAAUCCGUAAAAUAAAAGAUUUGACAGAAUUUCGACUGAAUAUCGUAACAUCUAUGUUUCUAUAGACAUACUGACAUGUUAAUGUGAAAUGGAAAUAACAUGGACAUUUCAAGAAUCCAAACAUUUGAAUGACAACAUUGUAAACCAAUGUAAAAAAUAUGCAUUGUUUUAGUAAAUAUGUGUAAAACGGAGUUAAUCCCUAUUAUAAAAAAACAGGAUACGACAUUUAGGACGGCAACAAUAAAAUAGUGUACGUAAAGAAGCGAUUGAAAAUUAGAGAAAGCUGAAUUCAUAGGGAAAGUGAUAAACUAAAAUAAAUGAUUUCCUAGCACUUAACUGACUGAAUAUCUCGUUACCUAUGUUUCUAUAGACAGACAUGUUCAUGUUCUUGUCCAGUUACCGAGAAUUCUUUUAAACUUAAUAAUGUAAUGAAAACUACUGUACCAUUCUAAGAAUUUCAACAUGCAAUUGAGAACACUAUUACACCACUGCUGGAUAUAUAUUGUUUCAGAAAAUGUGUGUGUCGAAGAGAAUUAUAACAAAUAACGAAAUUAACAGGGAAAGCAUAUUUCGGCAACAGAAUACAGAUGUUGAAACAAAAGGUUUGUGACAACAAACCCAAGACUCAUACUUUAGCUGAAACAAAAGGAACAUAUUCACAGCUAGUCUACUGAUACAGAUUUAAAAACAUAUAAUAUUAACAGUUGCAAACCAAAAGUAUACAUGAGACAAACAAAUAAAAGCAAAUAAUUAUUUCUUAUCAAUGUAGAUUGUAUGCGUGUCACGUGAAAAAAUGUUUUAGUUGUUUGGUACAUUAUUCAAUUUAAGUUUUGUGGUGGUUGCAACAUUUAAAAUGGUAACAGUCGGUACCUCGUGUUUAGAAAGGACCACUCAUAAAAAACUUAAACGAGGCAUUUAAGUAAUAAUGUAGCGGCGGUGCUCUUUCUUGAAGUUUCUAAGUAACUAAUUCUCGCAUCGAUAUACUGAAAUGCAAUUGUCGUGUUUUCUUUGUAAUUGGUUUUAUUUCAGCUUUAUGUUCAAUGACUAUAUGUACUGUUUUUCAUUUUGUUACGACUGAAGUAUUGGUUUCCGCUUAUGGGUUUGUGUAUCCUUGAGCAAAUGUUGCGAUGCUCAUUACUGUCAAAUGCAAAUACUCGUAUUUAACGAAACUUUUACUAUCAGUUAUCUUUAUGAUUACCUUCUGAAGGAUCUCUAUUCCAGAGUACACAUUUUCCAUGAAUGUAAGUUGAUUCAGAUCAACGUGACAAAACAUGUACAGUGAACGUAUUUAAUUAAUUAGACACGUGAAGACUAUCCUUUUCGUUAACGGUCUAAAUAUUAAAUACAUAUUUUAUUGAUUUUUUUUUUGUAGAUUUGCUCUAUAUAAUAUUUUUGAAAAAAUAUAGGCACAUCCGAAAUGCUUAAU